UUCUCUUCAAAUAUAGCCCCCCAAAAAAACAACUCCAAAUCUCCAUAAUAACUCAGUACCCAACAACAACUCUUCUUCUUCAUCUCUUCCUCUCUCCUUCCUGUCUUUGCCUACCCUUCUCUUCUCACUAUAUAUAUAUAUAUAUAUAUACACCACCUUUAGUUAUAAGCUCUCUCACACACACACAUAAAUAUAUUUGAAAAUAUAUAUUGAGAUCAUGAGUAAAGGAAGCAAGAUAAGCAAGAUCAUGAAAGCACCAAUAAGGGUACUAAGUAAAGCAAGAGAUUUCUACGUGAAUAGCAUGACUGGUUGUGCAAGAAAAAUGCCCUACGGCACAGGAGCUGUAGGGUACCCUGCAGCAUUCCCUUCAAGAAGCUCUUCUUAUAGUGAAAGCCGUAUUAGUGGUGCUAGUGAUGAAGAUCUUAGAGACCUUAUUCUUGCCUCUUCUAUUCAUCUCCGUGCCACCUCUGCGACGGCUUUGCAAAAUCCGGUGAGACGUAGCCAGAGUGUGGCCGUCGGCCGGAUCGACGAAGACUCUCCUUGUGAGUUUCAAGAUGAAGUUAAGGUUGGUUCUAAUCUUAUUUUUCCAAGGAGUGUGAGUCUUGCUGUUAGAGAGAAGAGAAGAAGUAAUCUUAGAUUUUUAGCUUGAUUUUAUGCAUGGUUGUAAUUUUAUGUUUUAUUUUGGGUUUUUAUGUAAAAAUCUUAUCAAGUUAUGAGAAUUCUCAAGAUAUUUGUUGAA